GGCGUUGCGGGGCGCGGGCGGCGCGGGGCGGCCGCUGCGUGGAGGGGUGCGCCGCGGCGCGCCAGUCUCGUGCCGGUAGUCGGUAGUGCAGCCGAGCGACUCCGGGAGCCGUCCCCGCCGCGUCGUCGCUCGCUCGUAGUCGUAGUGCGCCGCCCGGCCCGCCCCGCGCCGUCGGCGUCCAAGCCCAUGGAUACCCAGAAUCAGGAUGUGGCCAGAAGCCCCGCUGAGGUGCCCAACGACCCGGGGAAGAUGUUCGUCGGAGGCCUCAGCUGGCAGACUAGUCCAGAGAGUCUUCGAGACUACUUUAGCAAAUUCGGCGAAAUCACAGAAGUUAUGGUUAUGAAAGAUCCCACGACGAGGCGGUCGAGAUUUGCUUGUUCCAGGGGCUUUGGUUUCAUCACAUUCGGCGACCCAGCUAGCGUAGACAAAGUAUUAGCUCAAGCAACACACGAAUUAGAUGGCAAAAAGAUUGACCCCAAAGUGGCCUUCCCCAGGAGAGCACACCCAAAGAUGGUCACCAGGACAAAGAAGAUUUUUGUAGGCGGGCUAUCGGCACCCACAACGCUUGAAGACGUAAAGAAUUACUUCGAACAAUUCGGACCGAUCGAGGACGCCAUGCUAAUGUUCGACAAACAAACCAAUAGGCACAGAGGAUUCGGAUUCGUCACGUUUCAAAGUGAAGACAUAGUAGAUAAAGUGUGCGAAAUACAUUUUCACGAAAUCAACAACAAAAUGGUGGAAUGCAAAAAAGCACAACCGAAAGAAGUCAUGCUCCCAGCUAAUUUGGCCAAGACGAGAGCCGCUGGCCGCGGCGCGUACGAUUUCAUGUGGUCAUUGGGUGCUCUUCCUGAUGGGUUUCCAGCAGCGUACGCCGCCUACGCGGCAGGACGUAGCUAUUCGGGCUAUCCUAGCUUCGGGCUGCCAUACCCUGCAGCGUGGUGCCCGCGGCGCGGCCCUGCCCAGCAAGCCGUUGACCUGACCAACGGCCAACUGACACCGAACAACAACACACCGCUGUUGGCGCAGGCGCUCUCAGUGAUGAACAAUUAUCAAGCAGCAGCUGCUGGGUUCGGUCCGCCCGCGUCGCCGCACGCUGCCGGAGGACGAGCUGGAUUCCCGGCCGCAAGUUCGCCGGGUCCGGCGCUUGAUGUGUACGGCUCCGCCGCCGAUAGCGUUGGCUACGUGCAAGCCGCAAGCCCGCAACCCUCUGGAUUCCCGGCGAUCGCCGUCAGCCGUGCGCCUCUCAAUUACACCCCAGGACCCCUGAUUCCUGCGGCGUUUACCAACGGUUAUCAUUGAAAGUGUUAUAGCACAAAUAUUUUACGUGGCGAGCGGUGUGGCGGCGCCUAGCGUCCCGAGCACCCGGGCGCCGCGUGCGCCGCGCUGCAGGCCCUCGCCGCCCGCUGCCCGCCCGCGCACCUCCAGCCCCGCGCCACCGACGGAGCCCCGGACACCACCGGACUCUCCCCUGAACAUCACUCCGUCAACCGCGGCGUCUCACCUUCCCCCUGUAUCCCAAUCUGUCCUCAUCCUCACAUCUCCUCACCCUCAUACUCCCUCUCUCCACACACUCUCCCCCCACCGACUCGGUCUCGUGACCCCGUCUAUUGUAAAUAACGAUAAUCUACUUUUUGUCGUGUGAACGAGAGAUAGUCUAUCGAUUGAACAGGUAUUUUUUCAAAUUUUUCUCGCUUUCGACUGUACCGUAGAUGUGUUGUCAGAAUAAUAAACAAUUAAACUCCAAAAAAAAAUACAUUUCAUAAUUAUAUAAAGUGCAUCUAGACGAUUUUAUUGCAGGGAGGUAUAUCUUAAAUAUUUUAUGGUUCAUAGUUGAAUUACAGCGUAAGGUGUAAACGGUCCUCGACGCGCGGGACUUAGUAGUGGAAGGUGUUAUUUCUUUGUGCAUUGUAUUCGUAUCGUUGGGUGGGCUCAGCGCGCGACUGCGCCGGCGCAGGCGGGGCCCGCGCGUGCGCACGACGCCGCUGACAAUAACGCGACCGCCGCGCGCCUCCCCGCUCGUCCACCUACACAUAUUUUAUUCUAUCUAUUUUUAAUAUUAAUGUCAAAUAUUAACAUAAUUAUUAUACUACUAUAAUUAUAUUACGCAUAUUUUACCUAUGAAUGUAAUUAUUUUCGCCUAAUUCGAAUUGUAUAAAAUCACCUCUUUGAACGGCUGUUCUGUUUCAGUAGCGAUCAAGUUUCUCGAUUACUUCCGUAUAAGACUACGUUAGUUACGCGUAUACAUACUUUCUAAUAUUAUGUAUUAUGAUAUAAAAUUUUAUCCUAAGGAUAAUAUGAUCAUAUUUACGAUUCAUAAGGACGUUUGGAAAGCUAAGUCGGUAACAUUUCAGAAUAUCUCUCAUCGCGUUAAGAUAAUUCGUUUCUAUCUUAUACCUUUGAACGUAGGUAUUGUAAUUAUAAUAAUAACAAUUUUGUGCAUUACGUAAUAAAUAUUUCAUGGUUUCUUACAUUGUAUUUACCGUAAUUUAAGACCACUGUUGAAAAACAUACACGGCUCCACUUGCAUUAAUGAGUCACACCAUAUUUAGAUGUAUUGGACAAUUUUAAUCAACAUAAUAAUAAUAAUCACUAACAAUGACGUUUCAUACAUACAGUAACUUCACGACACAACAUUUCAAUAAAAAUAAAGACAGGGAUAAAAAAAUUACAGCCAAAGGCGCAGGUUUGAGGUAAUAGAUUAAAUAUGAAGUCAAUUCAUUAAUCAUAUUCGUUAGGUACUGGAGACAAUUAUCGACCACUUCGUCUAGGUUGCAGCAGUUAGGGAGCUAAGUGGGCUGCGCGCGUAGCAGUUGCCGUAGCGCAACGCUACGUCGUAGCGCCGUGCUACGACCGGCUGCUAGUCGCCCAAACCGCGCACACGUUCGCCGCUCGCUAUAAACAACAUGCACUCGGUUGCAUUCAUUCGUUAUUUACUAUUAUUAUUACUCAUUACCUACAUCAAUUAAACAUUAAUAUUAUAAAUCUAGGUAUUAAAUUUUAGGUAAUAAUAAUAAACAAUCUUUUAAAGCUAUUAUUAUAUAAAUACGUUAUAAAUAUAAAUGUUUCCUGUUACAAAAAAAAAAUAUUGAAAAUGAUACGAAAUAAAUCAAUAUUCUUUUUAAAGGUAAUUUAUUACUUAUGAGUAUGUAGUUAAUUGAAUAAUGGAGUGUUAGAUGGAGUGCGUUCGUCGCCGAGCGGCGCGCUCGCUUCGCGUUUUAUGUUCGUUCGUGCCGAAUUCGUUCGCUGAGAUGACGUCACGUGCGGCAGGCGCGCCCCCGAGGCCGCGCCGCGCCGCGCCACGCCGCACACACCGCAGGAGACGCGACCGCGAUUAUGUUGUUAAAAACGUUAGCUAGGAAAUUGAAAAUGAAAUCGAAAGGUGUGAGUCUUUAGGACGGUCGGAAUAUCGAUAUCAUACCUAACAAAUUAACGUAAUUAUUUGUUUUAUAUUUACGGUGUUAUAGGUAUUUAAGACAUUUUUUCUUAGAAUAUUUAAUUAUUACGAUGAGAUGUUAUAAUUGUUAGGCCCGGGCCGGCGGCGGAGUGGCGCGCGCGCACCUCACCGCCGUCGGCCGUCUCAUUCACUCUCACAUCCUCACUAUAAUUAUAUUUUCUUACCGACCUUUUUAAUGUAGGAGAAGCGCACACGGCCGCUUGUCCCCGUGCGAGUACGAGUACAAACAAACAUAUAGUGAGAGACGUUCGUUUCGCCGCGUUCGUGAGAAGCCAUCGGUUCGCCGCGAUUGCAUCGAGACGAUGAUACAUGAUGACAAUUAUUGUAUAUACAUAGUUAGCCGCAUGUGUAAAAAGACGUUUAGGUAGACGCCGAAGUGUGGCGUGUAAUGUAUGCGACAGAUGAUGCACAAGCGCAGUGCUACCACCGCGCUGACCAUCGAGCCGGUAGGUGUGUCGCCACCCUUAUAUUGUACGUCGUUUUAUACCUUCAAACGGCACAUCAGAUUGUAUCUAACUGAAAGCUAUAUACUCCUUGUGUGAAUAAAUUCUGAAAAUUAUACGAUAAUUGACAUGAAACAAACAUCACAAAUUACAUUACGAACAAGGUUUCAAAAUGCGCCAUAAUAUAAGUCCGGUGACACACCGAGUUACCAUCUGGUCGAUAUUAGAUUCAUUCAGCAAUCAGGUUUAGCUGGUGUUUAUUAGUUUCAUUAUUAUUGUUCUUAAGUUAUAAUGUUUGUGAGUUUCUUUAGUGUCAUCCUUAGGGCUUCAGUCUACGGGUCAUCUUGAUGCCGGCUCUGUCAUAUCAUAUCUAUUUAAAGUACAAUGUUUUCAUUAAUUUACUUCAAUGUAUUUACAUAUUCUGUUGUUAAUUUAAAGUCAAUUAAGAGUUUAAUUUAAUGUUGUUUGUUUAAGUUUACACUUAUACUGAAUAUUUUGAAUUAUCUUUAGAAUUAUUUGGUAGCUAAUAUGGCCCGUAGUUCGGAAGCCAGUCGUUCUAAGUGCGGUCGUUUGUGGUCACCGCACGAUCACUUGGCGGUCGCCGCGCUGCCGCGCUGUCACCACAAACGCCGUGCGGUCCCUCUCGCUUGUUCGUGUACGCGAUAGUUGAGUUACUUCAGUCACCAUUUAGACGUGUUCUAUAUCAGAAUAAAGACUACGUAAUAAUAAGCGAGAUCUCAAAUUUAUUUUAAAAUUCUUUAUGUGAUCCUAAUAUUGCGACUUAUCGUAUCUAUAUGUAUGUAAUAAAAUUAAAAAGAUAAUUUAUUAUAUUUUGUAUAACAUUCUACGUUUAUUUACACUCGAUCUACUUUAUAUUAAAGAUAAUAAUUAAUUUUAAUCUAAUAAUGACAGACUGGUAAAGUUCGUAGAGUCGCCGCGGCGGCCAUAGAUCAAGUAGCUUUGCAUAUUCGGCGAUGGCCAACUAAGAGUUUCUUGGACCAAAGGUAUACUAAUUCGCGUAGAACCGGAGGCGCAUUGGCUCCGCACGAACCCUUCCGACCCGAGCCGAGCGGCCGAUCGGUCGCCAGCAGAGCACCGGGCCCGCGCGCCCGCGCCCGCGCACCCCGUCCCGCUCCCGGCCCCCACCCCCGCGCAAUGCCGCCCGCUUGGUUUCGUUCUCGCGGUUACUUCUCGAUUGCGUGCUUCGCGUGCUGACUGAUUUUCUAUAGCAAUAAAAAUCAAUUACCUAAGAUUUUACAUUAAAAUAAAUUUGGAUUUAUAUACGUUCGAAUUUGGUGUCAUGUACAUUUAAAAUAUUAGUGAAAGGAGAUAACGAUAGGCGAACGAUCCGCGACUGUCCCGUCGCGGCGUCGGCGCAUUAUUUUCGUCAUUUCUUCGUGUAUAAUAUGUUACAUGAAUCUGUAUACAAUAUGGAUAUAAAUCGUAAUGAUGAAUAAAAUUAGUUUUUACGGCAUCUCUUUAUUAAAUAAUGAUAAUAUCAAAACGUUUUGUAAAAAGCGGUGGGUAUGUCCGCCGCCCCGAUUUCGUGCACCAAUGCACUUUCUUAUUGGAAUAUUACAUUAUAUAACGUACAUAAUACUAUGAGAUAUAUAAUCAUACAGCCUUUCGGGGCGCGCGUGUAUGGCGAUGUAUGUAUACACAUUGUGCAAUGUACAUAUACCUUAUAUAAUACAAUGAUUUAAGACAAGGUUCACAUCGUGCCGUGUGUAUGUGGUAAUAAAUAUAAUAUGGACAUUGUUCAAACAAUAA